AUGCGUAAGAAGGAGCAGGUGAAGGGGGAGAACCGGCCGGACAACACGGCGUUCACCCAGCAGAGGCUCCCGGCCUGGCAGCCCAUGCUGUCCGCAGGCAUCGUCAUCCCUCUGUUUGUGCUGGUGGGCCUGAUCUUCAUCGGCAUCGGGGUGGCUCUGUUCGUCACCUCCAGGGGGCUGCAGGUCAUAGAGCUGGACUACACCGGUGUGGAGCAGAACUCUCCCUGCUUCUCCUGCUCAGACCCCAUCAGCAAAAAGAACUGCAAUUGCACCCUGACCUUCAGCCUGGAAAAGCUCUUUGAGGGUCCAGUGUUCUUUUAUUACGGCCUCACCAACUACUUCCAGAACCAGCGGGGAUAUGGCGUGUCUAAAGACUACAAUCAGCUGUCCGGAGAUCUGACUUACUUUAAGGAGCCGGACACCUCAUGUGCUCCGUAUGUACGAGACUCCAACGGUAAACCCUUUGUGCCCUGCGGUGCUCUGGCCAACAGCAUGUUCAAUGAUACGUUCACACUAUAUCAAAUGGUGAACGGCACGAAGAAGAUAGUGCCUUUUGACGGGAAGGGCAUCGCCUGGUGGACCGACCAUAACAUCAAGUACAGGAACCCGUCCGUGAGCUCCCUCCAGGACGCCUUCAACGGCACGGUGAAGCCUCUGUUCUGGUCCAAGGCGGCCUACGAGCUGGGCCGCGAUGACGAGGCCAACAACGGCUUCAUCAACCAGGACUUUCUGGUGUGGAUGAGGCGUGCCGCUCUGCCCAACUUCAGGAAACUGUACAGACGCAUCACAGAAGGAGACUACGCCCAGGGCCUGCCCAAGGGGAACUACAGCCUGGACAUCAGCUACAGUAUCCUUUAUAGGAGGAGAGGGGCAGACCAGAGGAGGAGAGGGGCAGACCCAGAGGAGGAGAGGGGCAGACCAGAGGAGAAGAGGGGCAGACCAGAGGAGAAGAGGGGCAGACCAGAGGAGAAGAGGGGCAGACCAGAGGAGAAGAGGGGCAGACCAGAGGAGAAGAGGGGCAGACCAGAGGAGAAGAGGGGCAGACCAGAGGAGAAGAGGGGCAGACCAGAGGAGAAGAGGGGCAGACCAGAGGAGAAGAGGGGCAGACCAGAGGAGAAGAGGGGCAGACCAGAGGAGAAGAGGGGCAGACCAGAGGAGAAGAGGGGCAGACCAGAGGAGAAGAGGGGCAGACCAGAGGAGAAGAGGGGAGUAGAAGAGGGGCAGACCAGAGGAGAAGAGGAGCAGACCAGAGGAGAAGAGGGGAGUAGAAGAGGGGCAGACCAGAGGAGAAGAGGGGCAGACCAGAGGAGAAGAGAAGAGAAGAGGGGCAGACCAGAAGAGAAGAGGGGCAGACCAGAAGAGAAGAGGGGCAGACCAGAAGAGAAGAGGGGCAGACCAGAAGAGAAGAGGGGCAGACCAGAAGAGAAGAGGGGCAGACCAGAAGAGAAGAGGGGCAGACCAGAAGAGAAGAGGGGCAGACCAGAAGAGAAGAGGGGCAGACCAGAAGAGAAGAGGGGCAGACCAGAAGAGAAGAGGGGCAGACCAGAAGAGAAGAGGGGCAGACCAGAAGAGAAGAGGGGCAGACCAGAAGAGAAGAGGGGCAGACCAGAAGAGAAGAGAGGCAGACCAGAAGAGAAGAGGGGCAGACCAGAAGAGAAGAGGGGCAGACCAGAAGAGAAGAGGGGCAGACCAGAAGAGAAGAGGGGCAGACCAGAAAGAGGAGCAGACCAGAGGAGGAGAGGGGCAGACCAGAGGAGGAGAGGGGCAGACCAGAGGAGGAGAGGGGCAGACCAGAGGAGGAGAGAGGGCAGACCAGAGGAGAAGAGGGGCAGACCAGAGGAGAAGAGGGGCAGACCAGAGGAGAAGAGGGGCAGACCAGAGGAGAAGAGGGGCAGACCAGAGGAGAAGAGGGGCAGACCAGAGGAGAAGAGGAGCAGACCAGAGGAGAAGAGGGGCAGACCAGAGGAGAAGAGGGGCAGACCAGAGGAGAAGAGGGGCAGACCAGAGGAGAAGAGGGGCAGACCAGAGGAGAAGAGGGGCAGACCAGAGGAGAAGAGGGGCAGACCAGAGGAGAAGAGGGGCAGACCAGAGGAGAAGAGGGGCAGACCAGAGGAGAAGAGGGGCAGACCAGAGGAGAAGAGGGGAGUAGAAGAGGGGCAGACCAGAGGAGAAGAGGGGCAGACCAGAGGAGAAGAGGGGAGUAGAAGAGGGGCAGACCAGAGGAGAAGAGGGGCAGACCAGAGGAGAAGAGGGGCAGACCAGAGGAGAAGAGGGGCAGACCAGAGGAGAAGAGGGGAGUAG